GAAUUAAUGGACCAUCAUAAGGAUGAUUUUAGGAUAAAAGAGUCAGUUAGUUUUUAAAAAAUUGGUAGUUAUGAUUAAAGCUAAAAAGGGGAAAAGUUUUUUUAAGAAAAUUUGGUAAAUCAACUAUUUAAUGUACUAUUAGGAAAAUGAAUCUUAUAUUACAUAAUUGAAAUACUAGUUAGAGAACACUUAGAAUUAAUAUGAAUUAUUGAUCAAUCAAUUCUUAAUUUACAGUAUGAAAUAUUUAUAUUCAAGAGAAAAAGACUGAAGAUUUGCUCUAAAAUUGUAUGGAAAUCCCUUAAAUAGAACUUGAUUAAAAUAAAAAUUUAAAAGUCGAAGCUCUGCAGAUCUAAAUAAAUUUACAAAACAAUGAAUUAAGAGAAUUGAAAGAAGAAAAUCUAAGAUUAUAAGAAUAGUUAAAAUCUAAAAAAGAAUAAUUAGACGAUACUAAUAAAUUAUUAAAUCAUACAAAAGAAUAAUUAGAUGAUACUAUUAUAUAAUUAAAUAUUACAAAAGAAUAAUUAGAUAAUUCUAAUAGAUAAUUAAAUGAUAUAAAAGAAUAAUUAGAUAAUUCUAAUAAAUAGUUAAAUUAUACAAAAGAAUAAUUAGAUAAUUCUAAUAAAUAAUAAAAAAUUACAAUGUAAUAAGUAGAUGAUCUAAAUAAGUAAUUAAAUGAUAUAAUAGAAUAAUCAAGUGAUAAAAAUAAAUUAUUAAAUUAUACAAAAGAAUAAUUAGAUGAUACUAUUAUAUAAUUAAAUAUUACAAAAGAAUAAUUAGAUAAUUCUAAUAAAUAAUAAAAAAUUACAAUUUAAUAAGUAGAUGAUCUAAAUAAGUAAUUAAAUGAUAUAAUAGAAUAAUUUAAUGAUAAAAAUAAAUUAUUAAAUUAUACAAAAGAAUAAUUAGAUGAUACUGUUAUAUAAUUAAAUAUUGCAAAAUAAUAAUUAAAUGAUAAUAAGGAAUAAUUAAAUGGUACAAAAUAAUAAUUAAAUGAUUCAGAUAAAUUUUUUAAUGAGAGAAUAGUUUAAAAUUUAAAAGGUAAAAUAAAUAAAUGAAAUAGAUAUUACUAAAAUUAUAAUUUAAGAACUGGAUUGCAUAAAUAGAUAAUAUCAUACAGAAGAUUAGCAAUUAGAACUUAGAAAAAAAUAUGCUAAAAGUCUACUUAAAUUGUUCAAUGAAAAUUUGAGGAUUCCCCUGUUGGAAAAUGACAUAACAUUUAGGCAUGAUUUUAAUGAUAAUAGGAUAAGAGGUUAAGAUGAAAUUUAUAAAAAAUAAUAGAAAUGA